AUGUCCUCCAAGAUAAUCCUUGAUGUCUCUGAUGAGGACAAGGACUCAAUGGAUCGCAUGGACUAUGAUGACGAUAGCCAGAAUACAACUGAUGGAGGACACUUAAGUGGCAGUAAUAGUAGUAGUGGCGGUAGUAACAGUGACAGCGAUAGUAAUAGUAGUGGCGGCAACAGCAACAGCAGCAGUAGUCCAUUCGCCAAUAUAUAUCGAUCACAUGACAGAUCGCGAAAUGCAUGCCCCAAUGGAAUGGGCUAUCCCUCCGCGGCAAUAUAUAGACGCGCCAGACUGCUAUCAUAUCUAUCAUUAUUCUACUGUGCAUUCUACGCCGUGUUGGCAGUGCUAGCCGGACCACACCUCUACGCCUACUUCAUUGGCGGCGCACUGCUCAAUGUGGCCAUCAACGCCAUUGCCGUGCGCACGCACCUCUCGAUAACCAUUCACACAUUGCUCUUCAACAUCGUCCAGUUGUCGCUUGGAGCCAUAACAACGUUGUUGUACUAUAGUCCACAAACGCCAGAGCUGCCACAGUCGGACAGCAAACUUAUCUUUGAGCAUCUCUACUUAAUCAACACGCUCACGACGCUCAUCACCACCUGUAUAUCAUUCUCCAACUACUUAAUGAGUGGUCUCCUACUGCUCCUACUCAACGUCAUCAACAUCUGUACCAACCUUAUGCUCUAUCUCUGGUUCCACGCACCAAAGGAACGUAUCGUCCAAAACCUCGUCCUGGCAGCAAUAACAUCAGUGUUGUUGUUUGUGUACAGUAGUAUUAUAAGGGAGGACAUGAGGGAGACGGCUAAUAAGGAGCAACGCGUGAGAUGUCUGUUUAAUAUCAGCUCAGAGGCAUUGAUUAUACACAAGAAUGGCGUUAUUGUAGAUGUCAACAAGACGUUUGAAGACCUGUUUGGUGUACGCAAUGAUUCAAUACUCUAUCCAGUGCCCUCGCGUAUCCACAACUUCUUGCCAGACUUUGACACGGUGUCUGAGCAGUAUCACAACAACAACGGCAACAAUGACAGCAAUGGCAGUGACAGCAACAGCGUGGACAGCACUGAUAUGAUGGAGACGAUUGCUGUCAAUUCCAAUGGUCAACAGUUUGCAGUGGAGGUCAAGAUUGAGCGGGCCAGCCUACAGCUUGAUGACAAUGAUCUUGUUGAGAUUGUAUCGAUUGUGGACACUAGUGCCAAGAGACGACUGAUGAAGGCCGAGGCCAUCAAUGAUGCUAAGAUCAACUUCUUGACCACUGUCUGCCACGAGGUACGCACACCAAUCAAUGGUAUCCUGGCAUCGGUGGACAUUGUCGAACGCACCAUCCUCAACUACACUCAACGCGAGUUCCUCUACUGCAUCAAAGACUCAGCCAACUACCUUCUGGACCUGAUCACAGCCAUUCUAGACUUCUCCAAGAUUGAAGCUGGCAAGAUGGAGCUGCAGAAGAUAGAGUUCAACAUGAUCACGAUGCUAGAGGAGACGAUGAAUAUCGUUUAUCAGACGGCCCAGGAACGCGAGCUUGAGAUGCUUCUGAUCGUCGAGGAGGACGUACCAAUCAUCGUCGUGGGCGAUCCAUAUCGCGUCAAGCAGAUCUUGCUCAACUUCAUCUCCAACGCCAUCAAGUGCACGCCCAAGGGCCAGGUGAUUGUGCGCGUCAAACUGGUACGAAAGGAGGCCACUGGCGAGCCAGCAAUGUGCAUCAACACAAUCUCGUUCGAGGUGGAGGACUCUGGCAUUGGCAUCAAGGAGGAGCAUCUGAACAGCCUCUUCACCGCAUUCCUGCAACUCGAUGGCACAUUGCCAUCACGCAACGUCCAAGGCACUGGCUUGGGCUUGUGCAUCUCCAAGCGUCUGUGCAAUAUGAUGGGUGGAGACAUUGGUGUGCGCAGCAAGUAUGGUAGCGGCUCAACAUUCUCAUUCACCUCGUUGUUGCAGUCGGACAACAAGACGACCUUCGCAUCGGUCAGUAACUCCCUGUCGCUGUACAAUGCCAACCACAUCAUGAUACACACAAACAACGAGCAGUUUGUAUGCACGCCAAUCAAGGGCUUUGUGUACGACAAGAACCAGUUCAUCUGCGAGUCAGCCAUCAAGUACUUCAAGAUGCUGAAGAUAGAGCUGCAGCCUCUGGCACGCGAGGAGGAUCUUCUGGGAUUGCUGCAGGGCGGUGGCACAAUCACGCGUUGCACUGGUGGACAACAGAUCUUCAUCAUUCUCUGCAAUGAGCCAUCCAACAUUGAAGAGAUCAAGCUGGCAAUGAAGUUUGUGAACGACAACUGUCUAGUCUACUGGCUGUUGAUCAGUGACAGUCGACAGCCUAACGUCGAUCCAUUCUUCUCGGGCACUCUCAAGAAGCCAAUCCAGUUGCCAGGUGUCGUUGAAUGUCUAUAUGGUCUGCAGCGCGUGCCCAUUCCACAGGACAUGCACUUCCUGCUCACCAACAACCGUACCAGUCGUCCCAGUCAGUACCGCUCCAACAGUUCAGACGGCUGCUCGUUCGAUCGCCAUAAAGACCUGAACCACAACCGUAGCUCCAGCUACAGUGAUCAUGUUGCCAUCACUCGCGGACUCGUCCAGAACAACCGCAGUCCAAGGACUACCAUCGAGAACGAGGAGGAUCAGCCAAAGAUCAAUACUGCCAGCAGCAGCAUCCCAAUCGUCGAGAAGACCCCUAACAACAACAUGCCUCCACUGCCAGUUAGGCCAAACUUUGACACGAUGAUGACCAACAGCUCAAGCAGCAUUGGCAGCACCAGCAGCAGCAGUAUCUUGAUCGAGCCACCAACCAGCAGCACACAGCGAAUGCACCCAUUGCUGCCACAUAGGUUGCCACUCCACCAACACCAACAACCAUUAUUCGACCAGAUGUCCAUCAACAACAUCACCAACUCACCACUCAAUGCCGAUCACUUCAAGAUGCACUAUUCGUCCUCUCCUGGAUUGCUCUCGUCCUCCUUUGACUCACCAUCAUGCACACCACCAAUGUUCAACAAGAGUCAAAUACAUUCUGGCUACAGCCAAUCAAUGAUUGAGCCAAUCAGUCUGCGAAUCUCCCAGAACCUUGCCAACGAGCUAGCCAAGGUCUCGCCCAAGAUACUCUCGAUCAAGUCGCCUUCAUUGUCACCAACGUUCGAAGCGACUUCUCCGCCACCACGUCGUAUGAGCGUGCCAACGCUUGACCUCGACUCUCAGAUGGACGAGUUCUCGCGCAAGUCACGCAGCACCAUAGAUCGAGGAUUCGUUGACAUGGCAGACUCGACCCAGUUGUCCAAGUCAUCGUUCCGUAUUCUGUUGGUUGAGGACAACCUUGUCAACGUCAAGGUGUUCUCUCGCAUACUCAAAGACGGUGGCUACAACAUUGACAUUGCCUGGAAUGGCGUGCAGGGAGUGGAGGCAUUCUCCAAGUGCUACUACCCCAUCAUAUUCAUGGACUGCUCGAUGCCAGACAUGGACGGCUACCAAGCCACCGAGAUCAUCAGGAAGAGAGAGCGAGAGAUACUUUCGGUCGACAAGCGAUACAAGAGGUCAUUCGUCAUUGCACUGACGGCCAAUGUGACGCCUAGCGAUCGCGAGAAGUGUUUCGAUGUUGGAAUGGAUGACUUUAUCCAGAAGCCAAUCAGAAGCAGCACCGUCAUCCUGUCCAUCGUCGACAAAUACCUCAAACACUUCACAGAGGACGACUUCUACUACUUGUCCAACAGGGGCCAAUCAUAG